CAGGGUGGAACGUGGGCGCGAGGAGACAGGUGGUGACUACGACGGUGAGGCGAGCUGAAACCGGGUCCAGGCAGCCAAGCCAGGCCAGGAGCAUCAUGUGAAUAGGCCAGAAGGCUCCCAGGCUGGGCAGGGAUCAUGGGCUGUGUCUGCAGCUCAAACCCUGAAGAUGACUGGAUGGAGAACAUUGACGUGUGUGAAAACUGCCACUAUCCCAUAGUCCCUCUGGACUGCAAGACCUCGCAGCUGCCCAUCCGGAAUGGCUCUGAAGUUCGGGACCCACUGGUCACCUAUGAGGGCUCCCUCCCACCAGCCUCCCCUCUGCAAGACAACCUGGUUAUCGCCCUGCAUAGCUAUGAGCCCUCCCACGAUGGAGACUUGGGCUUUGAGAAGGGCGAACAGCUCCGAAUCCUGGAGCAGAGCGGUGAGUGGUGGAAGGCUCAGUCCCUGACCACUGGCCAAGAAGGCUUCAUUCCCUUCAACUUCGUGGCGAAAGCAAACAGCCUGGAGCCUGAACCUUGGUUCUUCAAGAAUCUGAGCCGUAAGGACGCCGAGCGGCAGCUUUUGGCGCCCGGGAACACGCAUGGAUCCUUCCUGAUCCGGGAAAGCGAAAGCACCGCGGGAUCCUUUUCACUGUCGGUCAGAGACUUCGACCAGAACCAAGGAGAAGUGGUGAAACAUUAUAAGAUCCGUAACCUAGACAACGGUGGCUUCUACAUCUCCCCUCGUAUCACUUUUCCCGGACUCCACGAUCUGGUCCGCCAUUACACCAACGCCUCUGAUGGGCUGUGCACAAAGUUGAGCCGUCCUUGCCAGACCCAGAAGCCCCAGAAACCGUGGUGGGAGGACGAAUGGGAAGUCCCCAGGGAGACACUGAAGUUGGUUGAGCGGCUGGGAGCUGGCCAGUUCGGGGAAGUGUGGAUGGGGUACUACAACGGACACACCAAGGUGGCAGUGAAGAGUCUGAAGCAAGGAAGCAUGUCCCCCGAUGCCUUCCUGGCUGAGGCUAACCUCAUGAAGCAGCUGCAGCACCCGCGGCUAGUCCGACUCUAUGCAGUGGUCACCCAGGAGCCCAUUUACAUUAUCACAGAAUACAUGGAGAACGGGAGUCUAGUAGACUUUCUCAAGACUCCCUCGGGCAUCAAGUUGAACAUCAACAAACUUUUGGACAUGGCAGCCCAGAUUGCAGAGGGCAUGGCAUUUAUUGAAGAGCAGAAUUACAUCCAUCGUGACCUUCGGGCUGCCAACAUCCUGGUGUCUGACACGCUGAGCUGCAAGAUUGCAGACUUCGGCCUGGCGCGUCUCAUUGAAGACAAUGAGUACACGGCCCGGGAGGGGGCCAAAUUCCCCAUUAAGUGGACAGCGCCGGAAGCCAUUAACUACGGGACCUUCACCAUCAAGUCAGAUGUGUGGUCCUUCGGGAUUCUGCUGACCGAGAUCGUCACCCACGGUCGCAUCCCUUACCCAGGAAUGACCAACCCCGAAGUCAUUCAGAACCUGGAGCGAGGCUACCGAAUGGUGCGACCUGACAACUGUCCGGAAGAGCUGUACCACCUCAUGAUGCUGUGCUGGAAGGAGCGCCCAGAGGAGCGGCCCACGUUUGACUACCUGCGGAGCGUUCUGGAUGACUUCUUCACAGCCACGGAGGGCCAGUACCAGCCCCAGCCUUGAUAGGCCUUGCGGUCCCAGGACCCUCCCAACCCCUUUGCCCUGGCUAGGACCGGUGGCAUUCUUGUGCCACAUGCACGACGCCUGUGCACACAUGGACUCUGAUUCUGUACAUGAAGCCUGUGCGUGGGCUACACAUGAUGCAGCUUUUGUCCCGUACACACAUGUGUAGUUAUGUGGGUUCCAUACAUGUGUCUUCUACCCAUGGAACAUGUGAGUCUAAGCCUUGGUACCACCUAAGGUGUCUUCCUGGACCAUUCCAUUUCCUGAAACUAUAGAGAGGAGAAUGAUGGAUGCGUGUCUCUGUCUACCACUGCCUCUCUGAUGGCCUCCGAGAAGGCCCUCUUUGUGGGCUGCCAUCCAAUCUAAUGUCUCUGUGUAUUCUAUCUUGGUGCCUAGCACACACCAGGAGCUCAAUAAAAGUCUGUUGAAUUAA